AUGAGUGUUCAUGAAGAAGAAGUAGAACCACAGACUCCUGCCACCCCUCGCCGGACCUCUCGGUCAACAGCUGGCCACAGGUUCCAAUCGAUCAUCACUCCUGACGCCUCUGCCUCCACCCCACUUGGUAAUCACAAUCCCAGCUUUCCUGCAACAAAUCGAAAACAACGUCGAUCAAGAUCGGUUGCUUCAUCUGCUGGGGAAGACGUGAACACCACAUCAAGUCAAAAAUCCAAGAAGAGGACACGCAAAACAGCUGUUGUAUCUCAACCAUCCACCGUGAAUCCUGAAUCAACUGGACCGCGUCUCGAAAUUAACCUCGGUCAGAACUCGGAUACUGAAAACAGCAAAGUAAAAGAUCCGAAGCCAAAAGCAUCUUUUGAGCCCAUACUGGACUACUUUGAUGCGCCUAUCCAAGGAGACCAAGAUAAGGUCCUUUUCUAUCAUUCCCGUGCAAGUAUUGCGGCAAGACCUACCGUGGUGGAGACGGGACAAAUAGAAACCUCUUGA